UCAAAGUGGCAAGUGAGUUCUUAUAACACCCUGAUUUCCCCCCUCCCUCUCUCUCCGCGUCUAGAAAUACCUUUCCCCCUCCCUCCAAAAAGGGGAAAGAGAAACAAGAGAGAGGAAGUGUGUGUGGUGGUGGGGGGAAACUAAUGAGAGGACUGAAGCAAGGCACCCUUUAAGAGAAGAGGUGGAAAGGCUGAGUUUAAAGAGAUCUAACCUGCAGCAGCAGCUCAGAUGAGCAGUAGAGGAGUUUUGAUCGGAUCCCAGUUGCUUGCUGGGGAAGCCACCAGCCCAGCUGCUAGAGGCGUUUGAUCUGAUCCCAUAUGUCUGCUGGGGGAAGCAGGAACCGGCAGAGACGUUUGAUCCCAAAUACCUGCUUAUAGGAACCAGUAAAGGAGUUUGACCUGCUGGGGAAACCGCCACGCUCAGCAGAAAGGAAUCGGCGGAGGAGUCUGACCUGAUGCCGGCUGCCCUGCUGGAGAAGCUCCCAAGAAGCUCAGCAGCUCCAAGAGGAGUUUGAUCUGAUCCCAGAUGCCUGGUGGAGAAGGCAUCGAGCCCCGCAGUCUGGGGACUUUGGUGUGAUCCCAGCCCCCUCCCUUUCCCCUGUGCCCCCCUUCCCCUGAGCGGUGAUGACCCUGUCAGGCAGCAGCAGCACCAGCGACAUGUCCGGCCAGACCGUCCUGACGGCCGAAGAUGUGGAUAUCGACGUGGUGGGAGAAGGGGACGAAGGGCUGGAGAAGGACAGCGACGGCGAGGCCGGCAGCCCGGCCGGGCUGCACCUGGAGGAGGCGGAGGAGCUGCUGCUCCCCAGGGAGGCGGGGGCAGGAGCGGAGCGCAGCGGCAGCCCGGCGGAGGCCACCCCUAGCGGGGCGGCGGACGGGGCCAAGGGGGCAGGCGGCGGGGAGGAGGGCGGCGGCGGCGGCGGCGGCGGCAGCGGGGCCCUGCCGGGGCAGAGCAAGCCCAAGAACAGCCUGGUGAAGCCGCCCUACUCCUACAUCGCGCUCAUCACCAUGGCCAUCCUGCAGAGCCCGCAGAAGAAGCUGACGCUGAGCGGCAUCUGCGAGUUCAUCAGCAACCGCUUCCCCUACUACCGGGAGAAGUUCCCGGCCUGGCAGAACAGCAUCCGCCACAACCUCUCGCUCAACGACUGCUUCGUCAAGAUCCCCCGCGAGCCGGGCAACCCGGGCAAGGGCAACUACUGGACGCUGGACCCCCAGUCCGAGGACAUGUUCGACAACGGCAGCUUCCUCCGCCGCAGGAAGCGCUUCAAGCGCCACCAGCAGGAGCACCUGCGCGAGCAGACGGCGCUCAUGAUGCAGAGCUUCGGCGCCUACAGCCUGGCCAGCCCCUACGGCCGGCCCUACGGGCUGCACCCCGGCGCCUACCCGCACCCGGCCGCCGCCGCCCUGCAGUACCCCUACAUCCCGCCCGUGGGGCCCAUGCUGCCCCCGGCCGUGCCGCUGCUGCCUUCCAGCGAGCUGAGCCGCAAAGCCUUCAACUCCCAGCUCAGCCCCAGCCUCCAGCUGCAGCUCAACAGCCUGAGCGCCGCCGGCUCCCUCAUCAAGUCGGAGCCCAGCAGCCGGCCCUCGUUCAGCAUCGAGAACAUCAUCGGGGUGUCGGCCACCAGCUCAGGGAGCAGCGCCCAGACUUUCCUCCGGCCCCCGGUCACCGUCCAGUCCGCCCUCAUGGCCCACCAGCCGCUGUCCCUCACCCGGACCACAGCAGCCAUCGCCCCCAUCCUGAGCGUGCCUACAAACAUUAUCUCGGGACAGUUCCUGCAGCCCGCAGCAUCCGCGGCAGCCGUGCAGGCAAAAUGGCCAGCCCAGUAAUUAAGAACUACCCCGGGCUCAGUGCUGAUUCUUUGCUUUUUUAUUAUUAUUAUUAUUAUUAUUUUAUAUCCAUCUAUCUAUAAAUAAGAGACUCGAGGGGGGGAAACACCCAACCUCUCUUCCUAUCAAUCACAGACAAAACCCCUGGACUCUAACAAAAUCAAACUAAAAACCUGCACAAAAAUGGUAGGAUCCAAACUGUACACGCAAAAAAAACCCCCAAUCCCCCUAUAUUAAAAAAAAAAGCCAAACCCACACACAAGCACACAAGGAAUGCUUUCUGUACAGGUAAAAAAAAAGGGAAUCCAACCAACAUUUGUACAUAUUUGUAUUAAAAAUUAUUGACUUUACUUUUGGGGUUUUUAUUUUUUUAAAAAGGCAAAUAACAGUAGGGAUUAGGAGCUUUGAACUUUCACUUUUUUUGAAGGUUCUUACUCUCCAAACAGUUUUAUCGGAAAGAAUAAAAAAUGUAUUAAAAAAGCGGGGAAAAUUUUAACUAUUAAACAAACAAAGAAAGAAAUGUUGGGGGGGAAAAGGAGAAAAAAACCAGUCAUUCUAUUAUAGAAGUCUGUUUAUAUAUGAAUGAAUAU